AUGCCUCGUGAUGCCGGCCCCCGCAAGCCCACCCUCAAGCAGCUGGCGAAGCAGAAAGCGAAGGACAUCAAGACCCGGGAGCGCAACGAGGCGACGUUCGCAUCCGCCGUUCAGCACUCCAAAAGCACCAUACUCGACGUGGACAUGCGGUUCAUUCAAGACACGCUGACCCAGAACCCGACUUGGAUUUCUCCACUCGCUGGUCUGAUCCGCUCGGGCUCGUUGAAUGGUCUUCUGAAGGACGUUGCCAAGAAGGAGGAGACCGGUGGACUGGGAUGGAAGGGCAAGUGCACCAAAUGGGGCAGUUUGCCGCUUGAGAUGGCGAGCUUAAUGCUCAAGCAUUGCGGUGUGGAGCUCGCGGAGGACGUACAGAAGGACGAACCCGUCGUACGGACCCUCUUCGAGAUCCAGUUCUGGGCAGCCAAGUCGGCGUCCUUGCCAUCUCGUGCGGACAUUCGCUAUCAGUCCACGUUGGUCAAGUUAGCGAGGGCCCGCAUGGAGGACGUUGGUCGCAACUACAUAGCUGCGGUGAACUCGGCGGAGGCUAUCAGUGUUGACCGGGACAGGUACAACAUCUGGCCAAGUGGACCUUCGACUUUGCCGGACAGGAAGGCCAAGUGGACCUUCGACUUGUCGUCGGACGCAGACACCACGGCUGGCCUCGGCGACAAUGUGCCGCAGGGACCUCCAGCUUUUUUCAGCUCUGCGUCGGACAAGCGUCGGACAGUUGCAUUUUGCAUUCCCUGCGGGACACACGGAAGCCUCAAGGGCGAGAGCUACAAGUUCAAAGAGCCGCAGACCAAGGUAACGGAUGGACAUCGUUUUUGGCACAUGCGUUGGUUUGUGGACUUCCUCGGAGGACACGAGUCUCGAAAUUUCCUCGCAGGCAGUGUGUCGACGUUCAGGAACAAGCUCUUCACGAUUGCAUGGCCCUGCUGGACAGACACGGAGGACGCUCUGAAAAAAGAGAUCGAGUCGCACUUUCUCCAGAGUUCGUUCUCCCUCCUCAAGCAGCAGGAGCACGCUGCAAACGCCGAGAAGAAGGGCACCAAACGAAAGGCAUCCUCGCAGCAGAUGCAGGACGACAUGGAGGACGACAACGAGCAAGCGGACAAUGAGGAGCACACGGGUGACCAGAUGGAAGAGGUAGCAGCUGGACGAAGCACACGUUGUACAGAGUUUGCCACGUCGAGCUUUGCAACGAUUGUUCUUUUGCAUCAAUGGCACCAGGGUAUGCGCAAAGAUGCCAAAUGGAAGAAGCCGGCAGAGGAGGUAUCCAAGCUGGCCGGGGAGUUGCUUCAAGGCCUCGCUUCCUUGUUCCUGCAGACCCCGCAGGACUUCUCAUUCACGUGGGACGGAAACACUCUGGUGCUGCCGUUCAAAGGAGGUUCGCUGGACGUGGACGAGGUUGUACUGCAAAACAGUUUACUUGCUAAAGUACUACACCGCGAUCGUUCCCGAUUCAUGGACGUGCUGCAGGAUGUGAAUGUGGACUGCACCCGUCGGACAAUUGGAGACACUCGCAAGUCAUCUAGUUUGAGGACGAAGUACUACUUGUUGGCGGCUUUGGCACGUGCCAUGGAUUCGUCGGACGACACGCAUUCCUGCUGGACAUCUUUGAAUGUGAAGCAAGUGAUGAGCACCUCCGGAUAUCGUCGGUCGUCCACGAGUUUUCGACAAGAGGUUGCGAGUUCAUCGAAUGCCACACGCAGGACACUUACCUCCACAUUGCAAGGACAUGCGUUCACCGUGCAGGACAGCAGCGAACAGCAGGACGAACAAAAGAUCAAGAAGCACGCUUCUAUGGACGCACACAGGCUAGCACGCAUGGAGCGAUACGCCUAUGUCACGCAGGGCAAGUCAGAUUUCCUCUCGACGGACAUUUUGUGCGUGGUGGUCCAGAAAUCGUCCGUCUUGUCGGCUGAGCAGUGGAAAGCUAUGUGGAACAAGGCUUCCAAGAAGUUCCUCGGGAUCGAGAAACCCGUUGGACCUGGUCAUGCGGAGGACCGGCUGGCCACACUGUCUUGGAUGCAGGACAUAAACCACGGCUUGCGACCCAUUGGCUGGACUUUUGGCUGCUGCCAGAGCACGCCGGCCGGCCCCGCGGAGGACGACACGAAGGCUAAACGUGCACCGAUCAUGAUUUUGUGCACCGACCAAGAAGCAACACAGCUGGCGGCUGUCUCCUUCUUGAGGAACAAAAAGAGCCUCUGGAUCGAACACGUCUCGGACCCCGCCCACAGGUCGCACAACGACGUGGCUUUGGCCUUGUCGGCCGCUGGACUCCUGAAGUUCUGCACAUGGUGCAUCUCGCUGUACAACAUCAGGUAUGGACCCUGGCAGAAGGGCUCGUGGGCGUUGAAGAUCCAGCAAGCCGCAAAUCGCAUGAAGGACAACAUGGACCCCUCGGACCCGAUAUUGCUCCUUUUCUUCCCGGACAUUCUGCUGGACGCCGGCCUCUCCCCCCUGGACGACAACACGGAGGAGAAACGCAGGUCGUUUUUGCAGACAUUACCCGACAUGGACUGCAUCCGCAUCAAGGGCACGAAGGCCAGCAAGAGUCGGUUCAAUUCCCUGACGACGGCCCACAGCGCGCUGGACAAAGAGUGGUCGGUCUUGGCUUUAGUUCUCACGGUGGUCUGCUUGGAGCACAACUGGGCAGUUUCCACUAAGGACCUCUUCUCGCAGGACAGCAACCAGGCCCGUGCCUCGGUUCCAUAUGGUGGAAGCAAGUCUUCUGCCAUACAGGAGGCCAAGCAAGGCAUGGACCAGGAGCGGAAGGGCAGCGCGAACAGUCUACACUUAAUGACGAAGUUCGUGAUCUCGCAGGACAACAAGACGACAGCCAGGAUGAUGUUCCAGGUCUUGCAACCCGAAGAGCUUCGUUGUUCGCUCAUGCUCAAGCAGCUGCGUUCCAAAGGCAUGACGAAGGACUACUACUCUGGCUGGGCACACUGGUCUUGGAUGAGCACUGCAAAGGACCACGUCAGGACUUUGUCGAAUUUGGAAGGUUUAUCUCGUGUCGGCCUCGACCUGACACUGGCACGCGCACAACCCCCGGAGGAGACAGAGCUUGUCUGGCAGGACUCGCUCGCAGGCCAAAUGACGCAGUUGACACUACAGAUCCUGCGGCUGCGGGCCGGGGCACAGCUGUACCAUACUGGAGGUUUCGGUGCGACCGCAGGACUAGUCCAUGCUGAAGAGCAGUUCCGUCGGGCAAGCUUGGAUUUUUUCAAAGAGAUGCAGUCUUGUAUCCAGGACACGCACAGUGGUGGUUCUCGUAUGGCAAAAAAAUUGCUCGAAGGUCAUUUCUCCCAAGGGCCGAUUAGUCGGUACAUCCUCGCCGAUCUUUGCACUACCCGGUUUCAGAGCCUUACGGAGGACGUUGCACACGUAUUGACCAGCAUUUGGUCGGGCCUCUUGAACACGAAGAUCAUCGAAGACUGUAAUAAAGUCCAGCGCGAGGCCGAGCAACGACAUUCGUCUUCGAAGGACUUGGGUCGUUUGGACGGAUGGAAGGCUGUGACCCAACAGGCCGUGGUCAAGAUGUACGAGAGGGUGGAGGCACUGUCAACGGAGCUCUACCACACGCCGGCAGCGUUUGACGUGGCCAAACUUUUCUGCAAAGACACCGAGAAGAAGAAGAUUCAAGCAGUUCGUCGUCGUUCCGAUUCGUCGGUCAGCACGCAGGUCAGUGCCUCGGAGGUGCAGGAAGCACAGCUUCUUGCAGACGUGACGAAGACGAGGGACUGGGUCUCCCACAACCACGCCGAGGAACAGGAGGUUUUGGCUGCCUUCAGUUUACUGAUGAAGGCGUGGAGGGCCAAGCGAUGGUCGCUUUGUGAAGAAGGUUGGUGCUCUGGACUUUUGCCCGAAGGACAUGUUGUACUGGCAGGUGCAGACCCGUUGUUCAUCGUUCGGACAUACCGUUUGGCUGCACUCGCAUGGCCCGGCAAGAUCGUUAAGGACAAGGACCAUGAGUUUUUCGAAUUCAACAUGGGCGUUCGGUCUCUCUUUUGGAUGCACAGCACAUCUUUGGACUUGGAAGUGUUGCGGCUGCGAGUUGUUUCACCUCUGCGUGCCUCGGCUGCAGUACAGUUGAACAUUGUCAGCCCGACACGGACAUUCUCUACAUAUAUAUUCGUCCUAUAA